UCUGUAUUCUUGAAACGAGACAGAUACAUAAUUUAGACGUUGGGAAGGAAAAGAGAGAAGAUUAAAGAUUGAUUAAAGCGAGACAGAAAGUUCAAGUGCAGCAACAACGAACGAGCCCACUGUGGCUGGAGAUUGUGGCAAACGAAACGUCAACAUAACCUGAUCCAAAAGCGGAUCUAACCAGAUCUAUCGACUUCGAGGUUUGUAAUACGUGAUAUUUAACGUUGAUCCGUACUUAUUUCGAGGAAACACGAUAAACUUGUAACAUGAAUAAUUGUAGCGAAGGAAGACGCACUAUUUUUGAAAUGCAUACUUCUACUAAUUUUACUCUACGCGGUGGUGACGCAGCGUUCGCCAACAGGCAGCAAUUGCUGUUCGAUCAGCUCUCGAUCGCGGAAAGCAAGUGCAAUAAGCAUGACAGACCGGAGGCGGACGACGUGGAGAUGCAGGAGGAGAGCCCCCGGGGUUCGGGGAAGAGGCCAGCCGCGAGCGACGACCGCAGGCAGAAGAGAGAGACGAAGAAGUUUCGCGGCAGGGAGAGUAUCUUCAAGCGUCCGGAGGGUCCGGCGCCGCGCGCGAACCUGAGAAAUAUUCCGGACCAUCACAGAAAUCCGCACAAGUGGGUCAAGUAUACCCUGGACGACGUGUCGAGCGAGGACAUGACGGACCGCAGCAACAUGCAGGCCGCUAUGUCGUUCCUGAGAGAGUUGAAGGCGCGCAGGAAGAGGGAGGAGGAGGAGGAGGAGGAGGAGGAGGUCGACGAGGGGAUGGACGUCGAGCCUUGCGUGUCAAACGCGGCGGGUCCCACGGAGACGCGGUUCAAGUCCAAGAAACGCGCCUCGUCGCAGAUCGCGUUCAGAAAGCCACGGACGGAAGAGACGGCGGAGGGUGUCGCGGCGAUCGUGGAGCCCGACGACAGGCCGAUAUUCAGGAGCAGCAAGAUCAUCUUGCCGGAAUACGUGAUCGGGCAGAAACCGAAGAGGACGUGUAAACAGAAUCGGCCGGUGGUCAAAGUCGAUCGCUCCAAGGAGCUUAGAUUAGAUCAUUUGCAAGAGCCCGACGACGACGACGAGGAGGAGAAUGAUUGAGAUGUAAGAUAUUAUUGUACACAAAUAUACAGAGAUUGAGGUUUCACGAAUCACGGCUAAGCUCGAUUUAGGCCCAUUUCUACCAAUG